AUGGCAGUAUCUCUCACCACUUUCUCUGGUCAGAGAAGUGAAAUGAGCAUCCUGGAAACCAACCAGUACUUGCGCUCCCAGCUGGAAAAAAGCAAACAGGACUUUCAAGACCUCACAGAGAAAUUCCUCAUGUCCCAAGCUACUGCCUACUCCCUGGCCAAACAGCUGCAGAAAUACAAGUGUGAAGAGUACAAAGACCUCAUUGAAUCUGUGCUGGAGGAGGAAAUGCUGUUUGAGGAGGGGGAGCUGGCAGAGAAGAUGAGACCGGCUGCAAGUCUUGGGAGAUAUGAUCCCCUAAUUCAGGCUCAGGCCCGAGAACUGACCCACUUACGACAGAAGCUACAGGAAGGGAAAGGUGUCUGUUAUUUUUUCAUGCAGCAGGCAAAGGACACAGUCAAGUCUUUUGAGAGUCUCCUCAGGAGCACUGACAUUACCUACUACCAGAGACAGAGAUUCUGUGAGCUACUGGCCCAAGGAAUCCAGCUGGCAGAGAGACUUGCCAGCAAACUCACCACUGGAAAUCAUCAUGAUAGGAAGGAUGAAGACGGACAGGAGCCACUGGCACCCAGGCUCAGCAGGGGGCUCCAGGAGGAAGAAGUGAAUGAAGUCCUGGAGGACUCACUGGAUGAAAGGUAUCUGACUCAUUCCAGUCUCCACGACUCCCACCAGCCUCCCAGCAGCAAUGCCUUUGUGUGUGAUGUGCAGGAGGCGACCUCUGCUGUGGAUGUAGCCAGAUGCACUUCUCACUUCUACAGGCAGAUCUUGGAGUCCACUGCCCAGCUGUACAAGGAAAACAGACAUCAGGAAAGACAAUCAGAGCCUUCUGGCUCACCUGAGUCAUAUUCCAGAGGUAACAACUAAUGCUGGAACUAUGAGACGUUCUGUCUUAUUUCAACAAAGCAUAGUCACAAACAUUUCCCCAAUUGAUGAG